CAUUUUAUGUUUGGGAUUUUUAUUUCUAUUUGAGCUUGGAUAGAGUUCGCCCCCGUACGAUUGCGAUUGCAGCCCUGGGGAUUGAGGUCUUUUUUUUAUUGUGAGCCGUAUGAUGCCAUCCAAUACGGCUCCCGUACCCCCCAGCGCUCACGGGACGGGAUAUCUUGUGCUGAGGUCUCUGGACAGGGCUAGUGUGGAUAUAUAGCGAGCUGGAACCCAUCAGUUUCCCACUCCCCACGGGCCACUCCUCUCUCGAUUUUUCCCGAUUUUGCCUGUCCUUCUGUCGCUAUCUUUUAAUAAUGAAAAUCUUUGUUGCACUAGUCGCCCUAGGUCUUGGAGCCUAUACACUCGCAGAGCAAGUUCUCAAAUGAACUUAUCCCACCUCUAGAUGCUAACUUUCCCACUACAGGACUUGCACUCCAACCGUCACCGAAGUUCUAGCAGCGUUUACUGUGAGCACUUAAGUCCUAUCAAAAAAAAGAUCCCAAUAUUAAUCAAUAUCAGUGGGAAGAAGUCGGCAGGUCCCCAGGAGGCGAUCCCCCCCUCUGGGCCUUCAGAAACUUCUCUAGCAUCCACGGCCCUGGCGUCUUAUACGAGGGGACCACAAAUGGAACAAGUGGUGUUACCAAGCUACCGAUCCUAAUUCCGAACGCCCACAAAUGGGGCGUACUCAACUGCGCCGCUUUCCCGAAUACUCCGGGCUCUCUCGGUUCAGGCGCAAGUGAACACGGACUCUUUCCUGGGGAUGACUAUUAACAAAUCCUAAAUUUAGUGCGGCAGCCCAAUCGGUAACUCUACCGUCGGUCCUAGUAGCAAAGGUCUCUACACCUACGGCGGCAGCAACCCCGUAAUCUCCAACAAUCAGACCACCUAUGUGCAGGUCCGACCCCGCCUCGGGUCCGUCCCAUACACCCCAGGGAAAAUGGUCUUCAACCUUAAGACCUUCCGAAUCUGGGGCGUCGAUCAGCAAACUACCUGCGACCCGCGCUUUGGCUGCCUCGUCAAGGUGAAGGGUUAUAGGAGGGAUGGAAGCGAAACUGGUGUGUUGGAUCACAGGCUUACAUGGCCAGAGUAUUCUCCCAAUAGGACGGAUUAUAGGACCUGGGUACACUCUUUGGAUCAGAUCGGGUAUACCGACUUGGUCGCUUUUGAGGUUUGGCUUGUGUACGUUAGGAUUAGCACCGAGGUUGGGCUCCCGUAUGUUAUUGAUGAUAUUGAGAUUGAUGAGUGAGUUCUUCCUCUUUUCUGCUAUUAUCCCCCAAGCUGGGUAAUGGUUUGUAUCGGGGUCUGGGAUUGACCGCUCGAUUUCUAGACUUCAGGAAUCGGGGUGCGGUAAUUCCGGUAGUAGUUCCGGUGGUUCUGGAAGUGGUUCUGGACGUCAGCCGAUACCUACCCGUAUUACUCCCGCAGGGCCAUCAAGGGCCCCCUAUUAGUGGCCUAGGUGUGCAUGCUCUCCUAAGCCCCCCCUUUUACGAACCGAUCACCUAUCACCCCGAGAGCCAGUACCGGAGUCCACAAGGUAUCUUGGAAUUUUUGGGAAAGAGCUAUUCCCCAGAACAAUAUGUCAAACCUAAUAAGUUGUUUCUCAGUAUUAUACCAGGUAGUAGCCGAGGAGUAAGGUCUCUGAACAUGUAUAAACACCGUUUUGUGAAAAUAGGUGGCUUAUGGAAGGUUAUUCGUGGGCGUGAUUAGGCUAUUCUAGAUGGCAAAUAGCUUACAUUCAGAGCGCUUCUAGAAUCAUAUACACCACAAGAACGGAGGCAUGCGUCUAGAGGCAUCAGAGACAUAGUCUACACUCUAUUUGUAAUUCAACGGCACUCCUAAGGCCGUCUGAAUUCUACUAUCAACUGGGUAUCUAGAUACUAGGCUGCCGGAAAAUAUUCUGGGUUUGAGUGAACGAUGUCGUAAUAAAAUCUCUAUAUCACUUAAUUUCAAGCUCCUCCACUAAGUAACCCGAGUGACCCGCCCUAGAAUGGUUUGUGUAUGAUAUGAUUUACACUCUCGAGCCAUUUAGGGCAAAAUAGCCAGUAAAACGAUAGGAUUUGUUGACUUGCCCAGCAUUACCAAUGUUACCUGAAUCAGGUUCUUUCCAGCCUUUGGCAUACUGGCAUCCAGCUUUUGUAGCCAUUAGAAUGGCGAAAACAUUGAAAUGGUGACCCCUAUUGGGCUUCAGUGACAAAUUGGAGGCCAUAGGCCUUGUUAUGGGUAAUCUCGGGAUAUCCGAACUCACGGGUGAGGAUUCCGAUGCUGAAGGAUAGGUAGCGACGAAAGUUUAGAGGGUACAUCAUUUACCAACCGUUGACAGUUCAGAGAUUAUCAGGGUGUAAAUCCACCGC